GGCUCGAGGGCCGCGAGUUCGAGUACCUCAUGAAGAAGCGCUCGGUAACCAUUGGGCGCAACUCGUCGCAGGGCUCGGUGGACGUGAGCAUGGGCCAUUCGAGCUUCAUCUCUCGGCGCCACCUGGAGAUCUUCACGCCCCCGGGCGGCGGCCAUGGCGCGGCGACCCCGGAGCCCGCGCAGCCCCGGCCCGACACGGGCGGCGAUUUCUACCUGCGCUGCCUCGGCAAGAACGGCGUGUUCGUGGACGGCGUGUUCCAGCGGCGCGGGGCGCCCCCGCUGCAGCUGCCGCGCGUGUGCACAUUCAGGUUUCCGAGCACAAACAUCAAGAUAACGUUCACAGCCCUGUCCAGUGAGAAGAGGGAGAAACAGGAGGCCCCCGAGUCCCCAGUGAAGCCUGUGCAGCCGCACAUCUCCCCUCUGACCAUCAACAUUCCAGACACCAUGGCCCACCUCAUCAGUCCCCUCCCGUCCCCCACAGGCACCAUCAGUGCUGCAAACUCCUGCCCAUCCAGCCCCCGGGGAGCGGGGUCUUCAGGGUACAAAAUGGGCCGCGUGAUACCAUCUGACCUCAGUUUAAUGACUGACAACUCACAGCCAGAAAAUGAAAAGGAAGCUUCAGGUGGAGACAGCCCAAAGGAUGAUUCAAAGCCACCUUAUUCCUAUGCACAAUUAAUAGUACAAGCAAUUACAAUGGCUCCUGAUAAACAGCUCACCCUAAAUGGAAUUUAUACCCACAUCACUAAAAACUAUCCCUACUAUAGGACUGCGGACAAGGGCUGGCAGAAUUCAAUUCGCCACAAUCUCUCUCUGAAUCGUUAUUUCAUCAAAGUACCACGUUCACAGGAAGAACCAGGCAAAGGCUCCUUCUGGAGGAUAGACCCUGCCUCUGAGAGCAAAUUGAUAGAGCAGGCUUUUAGGAAAAGACGGCCUAGGGGCGUGCCUUGCUUUAGAACCCCUCUGGGACCGCUCUCUUCUAGGAGUGCCCCUGCCUCUCCCAACCACGCAGGCGUGCUCUCUGCUCACUCCAGUGGCGCCCAGACCCCCGAGAGCCUGUCACGGGAAGGCUCUCCGGCCCCUCUGGAGCCUGAGCCCAGCGCCUCCCAGCCCAAACUCGCUGUCAUCCAGGAGGCCCGGUUUGCCCAGAGUGCGCCAGGGUCGCCUCUUUCUAGUCAGCCCGUCUUAAUCACUGUGCAGCGGCAGCUACCCCCGGCCAUGAAGCCCGUCACCUACACUGUUGCCACCCCUGUGACCACCGCCACCUCCCAGCCACCUGUUGUGCAGACGGUCCACGUUGUCCACCAGAUACCAGCUGUGUCCGUAACCAGUGUGGCUGGACUGGCCCCAGCAAACACAUACACAGUUGCUGGACAAGCCGUGGUCACUCAGGCAGCAGUGCUGGCCCCUUCUAAGGCAGAGCCACAUGAGAAUGGAGAGCACAGAGAGGUCAAAGUGAAAGUAGAACCUGUUCCUGCAAUUAGCCACGCCACGCUGGGCACCACCAGCCGGGUGAUUCAGACGUCCCAGGCCACCCCUGUCCAGACGGUCACCAUAGUACAACAGGCACCUCUCGGCCAACACCAGCUUCCAAUCAAAACUGUCACACAGAAUGGGACUCAUGUGGUGCCGGUCCCCACUGCCGUACACGGCCAGGUGAACAACGCAGCGGCCAGCCCUCUGCACAUGUUGGCGACCCACGCGUCAGCCUCAGCUUCCCUGCCCACAAAGCGACAGAAUGGUGACCAGGCUGAGCAGCCGGAGCUGAAGCGGAUCAAGACGGAAGAUGGCGAGAGCAUUGUCAUUGCCCUGAGUGUGGACGCGCCCCCGGCGACGGUGAGGGAAUAGGGUCCAGAGCCAGUGGCCGGGAGAGCUUUGCUCACGUAUAACAUCAACCUCGUGGUGCCAAAAGGAGACGUUGCCUCUCACCGACUCCGCCAGGCUCGGUGGGAGGAGCCCUGUGGUUAGACUGUGCCUCUGAGCACCGGACACAAACCCAGGCGGCCUUAACGCUCCUCACCCCCGACAGCAGGCGCACCCUGGCUCCUGGGCGCCCGCUCCCUGCGGCUCCACAGUGGAAGUGUCCAGUCCCUCCCAGAGGCCAAGCUGCGCCCCUGAUGACACAGCUGGUCAUCCUGUGGGGACAACACCGAGCCACCCUGCUGCCCCCACAGGACCGCACGGGCGGCUGGGAGGCAGGACAGCUGAGGUGUACUUGCUUCCAGAACAGUGGGAUCUUUGCCGAUUCCCAUCACUCCGUUCUGCUCUGGGAAGUUUGGAUCACAGGACCCUGCAUCUGGAUUCAUUGUGGUUAGCAGCAGUUCCGUCAUUUUGUUCAUUUCUGUGGUGGGUUCGGCCCUGGACGGUUCCCAUGCUCCCCCGCUGGGCUGCCACACCCAUCAGCGUAGGAGCCGCGGCCUGUGAACGGAGGGCCGGGGCUGUGAGGACCGCGCACAGACGGGCGGCUGUGCGCUUGCUGGCUCUCGUUUCUUUCUUUAUGUUGGCUUUGUCCCUGGCCUCAUUUCCACCCUGACUGAGUAAAACAAGUCUCCUAAGUGUUGUGUGUGCUUAAGCAACAGGACCCUGACUCCCUCAGAGAGAGAUUCUGUCUUUUAUCACCCACCCUUUUGGGCACAGAUCACAGAUCCCAGAUCCACCGCAGCCGCGGUGCAUGUGGCACUUGCUCCCUGCAGGGAGCCGGGAGGUCGUUUCCAAGCUGCAGCAGGAAGUUUCCCCGACCUUCCAGAACCGAGCCCAACACUAAGGCCGGCUUCCCUCCUUCGGGAAGGGGCCGGAGGAGUGGGAGCAGGCGGAGAGCCGAGGCCCCGGCCUGGCCCCUCGCAGGCAGCCACGCGCCUCCGCAGGGCUCUCGAGCUGGCCGUGCAGCUGCGCAUCCAGGGCUGCAGCCUUAUUGUGAAUUUUUUAAUGUCAUCAUCAUAGUGUUAUUUAUUUAAAUGUAGUUGCUUUGGUAUUUAAGUUUUUUUUUUUUUUAAGAGAGGAAAAAACCCUGUAUUUUCCUGAUGGAAUGAAAUGGCUCAGAAUGGUAUAUUUAGGCAAUUAAAAAACAUUUAUUAUUUACAUAAAGACCAAAUAUGAUAAAACUGUUCUAAGUAUUGUGUGUCACCUGUCUCGAGCUGUCACAGUGUAUUGCAGAUGAUGCGUGUGAAUCACGGGGUCACUGCGAACUGCUGGAUUUAUAACUCAGCCAUGUGGAAAUAAAAGUGAGACAUCCUA